AUGGGUGUUUUAGUAGACGGAGACCUUAGAGAGCAAGUGGUGGAGGUUAGGAGGAUCAAUGAUACGAUGAUGACAAUUAAGCUAGUCAUUGGCGGGUUGAAUGUGAAUAUUAUCAGUGCUUAUGCUCCCCACGUGGGUCUGAACAAGGAAGUCAAAAAACUCUUUUGGGAGGAGUUGGAUGAGGCAGUGAAAGGUAUACCGAACUCUAAGAAGAUUUUAAUUGGUGGGGAUUUUAAUGGCCAUAUCAGGGCAACUCCUAGUGACUUUGAUGAUGUACAUGAAGGCUUUAGUCUUGGGGAGAAAAAUGGAGGCAGAGCUUCGCUUUGGGAUUUUUCUAGAGCUUUUGAGUUGGUGGUAGCUAACUCGUGCUUUUCGAACCACUUGAUUACCUUUAGUAGCACGGUAGCCAAGACGCAGUUAGAUUACUUACUCCUCAGGAAGGGUGACAAAGGCCUUUGUAAAGAUUGCAAAGUCAUUCCGAGUGGGAAUCUUACUACCCAACACAAGCUUUUGGUUAUGGACUUGGAGAAUAAGUGGGAUAGGAGAAAGAAGACCUUAUAUGACCGAUCGAGGAUUAGGUGGGGUGGUUUGACCGCAGUCCUUGCUCGCGAGAUGGGGAGAAGUUGA